GGAUUACUUCCCCAAAGGGUUCUAACAACUCGCAUUGCUCUCAAUACGUGUGAGAGGGUCCUUUGCUCUGACGGGUCUUCUAAAAUACUUGUUCAAUCGUUACUUAUCAGGGGCUGGGAGUAACGGAUUUUUUUCUUUUUCUUUUUUGAGAGGGAGUCUAGCUCUGUCGCCCAGGCUGGAGUGCAGUGGCGCGAUCUCGGCUCACGGAUUUGUUCUUUUAAAGAACAUACCCUUUUAUAUUUAAAUGAAGGAACUCAUUGAUGCACCGAGGCGAAAGGAACAUUUAAUUAAGGCCGUCUUACAUUGCGGAGUGAUCGCUUUUGUCACUUGUUCGAGGGGUGAGGGAUCCCGUCAGUUGUCCCUGUUUCUGUGAGCCGUCUACCGAAGCCCUGGCUCGGCUUUAACCUGGCUUGGCUUUAACCGCUGAGCAGCUUUAACCGGCGGCGUCCAGCUGGCUCCGGCAGCGCUGCCGCCGCCCUCGAGGCUCCCUCUGACUGAAGGCGCUCGGAGCAUCGCGAAAUUAGGGGCUCCUGGUCCCUCAAACAUCCAAGGAAGCCAUUUUCAGGGCCUAGGGACUGGCCCCCGCGAGCCAGGCCGAACGCCCGAACUCACGAGCUCCUGAGCUCCCGUCGGGCGGCGGCCUCACAGCUGGGGGCCCUGAGGCGGAAGGCGCAGCCGCUCAGCUGCGGGCCGGGGGCGUGGCGAGGGCGCACAGGUUGUGUUUUUCGCCGGCCCGGGGCCGCUUUCGGUUUCGUUUCCCGCCGGCGCCUCCACCCUGCGAGAGCCGUCCGCCAGCCAGCGUCCGCCGCCGUCCGCGUCGCGCCACCCGCGGUCUGACGGGCGCAGGCACAGCGGCCAUGGCCCAGGCCGGCGUCGUCGGUGAGGUGACCCAGGUGCUGUGCGCGGCCGGGGGCGCCCUGGAGCUGCCCGAGCUGCGGCGCCGCUUGCGGAUGGGCCUGAGUGCCGACGCGCUGGAGCGGCUGCUGCGGCAGCGUGGCCGCUUCGUGGUGGCGGUGCGGGCGGGCGGCGCCGCGGCGGCCCAGGAGCGCGUGGUGCUGGCCGCGUCGCCGCUGCGCCUGUGCCGCGCGCACCAGGGCUCGAAGCCGGGCUGCGUGGGGCUCUGCGCGCAGCUGCACCUCUGCAAGUUCAUGGUCUAUGGCGCCUGCAAGUUUCUGAGAGCCGGGAAGAACUGUAGGAAUAGUCACAGCUUGACAACUGAACACAACCUGAGUGUGCUGAGAACUCAUGGCGUUGACCACCUGAGCUAUAACGAGCUAUGCCAACUGUUGUUUCAGAACGACCCCUGGCUUUUGCCAGAAAUUUGCCAGCAUUACAACAAAGGAGAUGGACCCCAUGGCUCUUGUGCCUUUCAAAAACAGUGCAUCAAGCUCCAUAUCUGCCAGUAUUUUUUACAGGGGGAAUGCAAGUUUGGCACAAGCUGUAAGAGAUCCCAUGAUUUCUCUAAUUCUGAGAAUCUGGAAAAAUUGGAGAAGUUGGGUAUGAGCUCAGACCUGGUGAGCAGGCUGCCUUCCAUUUAUAGAAAUGCACAUGACAUCAAGAAUCAGAGCUCUGCGCCCAGCAGAGUGCCUCCUCCUUUUGUCCCACAGGGGACUUCUGAAAGAAAAGACAGUUCAGGUUCUGUGUCCCCAAACACUCUUAGCCAGGAGGAGGGUGAUCAGAUCUGUCUGUACCAUAUCCGGAAAAGUUGUAGCUUUCAAGAUAAGUGCCAUAGAGUUCAUUUCCAUUUGCCGUAUCGAUGGCAAUUCUUGGAUAGAGGCAAAUGGAAGGAUUUGGACAAAAUGGAACUUAUCGAAGAGGCAUAUUGCAAUCCCAAAAUAGAAAGGAUCCUGUGCUCUGAGUCAGCCAAUACCUUUCACUCUGAUUGUCUGAACUUUAACGCCAUGACUUACGGUGCUACCCAGGCUCGCCGCCUCUCCACAGCCUCCUCUGUCACCAAACCUCCACACUUCAUCCUCACCACUGACUGGAUUUGGUACUGGAGUGAUGAGUUUGGUUCUUGGCAGGAAUAUGGAAGACAGGGCACAGCGCACCCUGUGACCACUGUCAGCAGUAGCGACGUGGAGAAGGCCUACCUGGCCUACUGCACACCGGGGUCUGACGGCCAGGCAGCCACCUUGAAGUUCCAGGCCGGAAAGCACAACUACGAGUUAGAUUUCAAAGCAUUCAUUCAGAAAAACCUGGUCUAUGGCACAACUAAAAAGAUUUGCCGCAGACCCAAAUAUGUGUCUCCCCAGGAUGUGACGACCAUGCAAACCUGCAAUACCAAGUUUCCAGGCCCGAAGAGCAUCCCAGACUAUUGGGACUCCUCUGCCCUGCCAGACCCAGGCUUUCAGAAGAUCACCCUUAGUUCUUCCUCGGAAGAGUAUCAGAAGGUCUGGAACCUCUUUAACCGCACGCUGCCUUUCUACUUUGUUCAGAAGAUUGAGCGAGUACAGAACCUGGCCCUCUGGGAAGUCUACCAGUGGCAAAAAGGACAGAUGCAGAAGCAGAAUGGAGGGAAGGCCGUGGACGAGCGGCAGCUGUUCCAUGGCACCAGCGCCAUUUUCGUGGAUGCCAUCUGCCAGCAGAACUUUGACUGGCGGGUCUGUGGUGUUCAUGGCACUUCCUAUGGCAAGGGUAGGUGGCAUAUAUUGUCUCCUUUCACCCUUUAACACAUCCCAAGAACAGGACAUUAUCUUCUGUAACCACAGUAUGCUUACCAAGUUGAGAACAUUUUCUGCCCAGCAGUCCAUGUUCCAGGUCCAUCAGUCAGUUCCCGUCUGAGGUAGCAAUGGCAUGGGGUCAAGAUGGACAGCAGCCAGUGGUAGACUUGUGAAUUAAAAUGUAUAGGUGACAGCUUCCAACUCAGGUUUCCAUUUGACAAGGCUCAUAAUUCUAUGCAUUGGGCUGCCGGAGUCUUCAGACUGCUUCCAUAUAUGGGAUCUCAUUCAUUUUCCAUGACAACCCUGUAAGGUUGGGCUGAACAGCCCCAUUUUAUGCCUGAGGAAUCUGAGGUUUUGGGGAUUAAGUAAUGACGUGUCCAGAGGCCUUUAGGUUUUGUGGGGCAGAUCUGGAACUUGAAAGGAGUUUGCUCUCUCAGUUUGGUAACUCCUCAGAUGCUGCCACUCAGAAGGGUGUUGGUGUCACUGAUGCAUAUGACUUCAUGAGGGAGAUUGGAGACAUGGCACAGAGGGAGGGAGGGAGGGAGAUGCAGGGCGGAAGAGUAGAGGCCCCUGGUUUUGCACAUCACCAGGACGCUGUCCGGAGUGGGCUGACCCACCCUGGCUGCGGGCCCCUCCACCAGGCACCCAGCUGAGCCCUUGUGUGUCAUUUCAGGGAGCUACUUUGCCCGAGAUGCUGCAUAUUCCCACCACUACAGCAAAUCUGACACGCAGACCCACACAAUGUUCCUGGCCCGGGUGCUGGUGGGCGAGUUCGUCAGGGGCAAUGCCUCCUUUGUCCGCCCCCCGGCCAAGGAGGGCCGGAGCAAUGCCUUCUAUGAUAGCUGCG